AUACGAGGAAUCUGCUGCAUCGAUUCUAGUCGGCAGAGCAGAUCUGGCAGCACAAAGGAUCGAUUUGUAGCGAAUGACGAUGCAUGGUACGUCGAUUUCCGGAUCUGCCGCUGGUACAUUGAGACUACAGAGCUAGCUAGCUUGUUAUUAUUGGAGCUUGCGUCGCGGAUAUGUCGACGUCCUCAGCUGGUACUUUGAUAACGGCGGCGGAAGUCUCACUGGCUUGCAAGAUCAUUGGUUUCUUCAAUGACUGGGCUCUUCGGUUGGCGACUCUUGCCAGCUUGGCCUGCACCCUAGUCCUCAUGCUCUUGGCCGACACCCGCCGGCACAACAAGUACCCCUUGCUUGUGUUGUUAGUUUGGGCGGCGUACCAGGUGCAGCCACAGGUCGGGGGCUACGCCCUCACCCACCUCACCAUCAGCAGCGCAACAACAACAACAACCACGACGACCUCAUCAGCGCGCGAGCAGCAGCUAGUGGCGUUCUGGGCGCCACUCCUCCUGCUCCAUCUGGCAGGACCGGACAACAUCGUCGCCUUCACCCUGGAGGACGGCAAGCUCUCCUGGCGCAAGCUCCUCGACGCCAUAUGGAAAAUAAUACAGGCCCUGUAUGUCAUGCUCAAGUACAUAUACCUUUGCGACAGCGGGGUCCUGCGCUCCGCGUCCUCCAUCAUGGUCACCCUCGGUGUAGCCAGGUACUCCGAGAGCGUGGUCGCCCUUUUGCGAGGCAACAUGGACAACCUAUGGGGCUCCGCCUCCGCCGGCGACGACGAGCGCAAGCCGCCGCAAAGCACCGGCGAGUACGGGGCUGCUGCCGCCGCCGAUAAAAAUGAAAAAGAACUGACCACCCUGCUCUAUUCCCACACUCAGUUCCUGGCUUGUGGCCGCCGUGCCAUGGCCGAUUCCUCCGUCGACACGGAUUCGCCCAACUAUGCCAUCGCCCGGAACAUCUUCUCCCAGCAGGACCCAGAUGGUGUACGCAAGGUGGCCGGGAUGGAGUCCUCCCUCAUGUACGACGUCCUCUACACCAAGGUCACCGUGGUGCACACCUGGGGAGGCUACCUCCUCCGUCUCGUCUCGCCGGUCGGCACGGCGACGGCUUCCUCCUUGUUCUGGCUCUACCCCAAGGACAGCGAGGAGACUCCUGACGUCGUCAUCACCUACAUCUUGCUGGCGGCUGCCUUCUUCCUGGACGUGGUAUGGCUAGUGAGGGCCCUAGGCUCCACCUGGGCAUACUCGUUCCUGAAUGCUAGGGCAAACAUGUGGCUUCACCAUAAACUGCUGUGCAGCGGAUGCUGGCUCAGGCUCCGCCGCAUCCUUGUCGGGCUAGAUCUGUUGUGGCUAUUAGGGAUUCGGAAGGAUCCGAGCAGCCGCAGGAUGUGGUCUGGAAGAGUUGGGAGGUACGACUUGCUGGCUGAGUGCACCCGGCGUCCAUCCAUGGUGGAGCGCCUGUGCACCUGGCUGGCCAGCAACCUCAGAUUGGAGGACAUCUGGAAGGAAUACCAGCACUCGAGGUGCAUCUCUGAGGCUCUGAGCUCGAGCGAAGAGCCCAGAAGGUGCUGUUCGAGCGGAUUCAGCAGAGACUGUCCGGCAGUGCUGACCGCCGCUACUCCAUGGAGGACAUCACCACACUCUGGGGCCAGGAGGCGGUCAAGAGAAGAAGAAAGCGGGACAAGCUCAAAGGCAUCAAGCUGGGUAUUUUCGGCCGUGAGUUCCAAGAGGACGUCCUCUUGUGGCACAUCGGCACCACCAUCUUCCUCGCCCGCAGCGAUCGACAGCUGCUCAAGGACAAGGCCAACAAGUAUCUGGGAGCAGUCGAGGCGCUGUCGGACUACCUCAUGUUUCUGCUUGCUGUACGCCCGAGCAUGCUGCCGGGACUAGAGCUCCGGAAGCUGUUCGAGGUCACCUGCAAAGCUUUGAAGGACUCAGGGUCAGGGGUUCGUCGAAAGGCUGGUGAGAAAUGUGUCCCCUGUCACGCAGCUAGAAAGGCGAAGCUUGCUGAACUAGUGCAGAAAGAGAUGUCUGGCCACAACCAAGCCUCGGUCGACGCUAAUCGGCGUCUUAUCUUUGUCGCAUGUCAGCUUGCCACUGAGCUGUUAAAAGUGAAAAAGGAUCAGAUGGAGGAACUACUGGAUCUCAUGUUUGACGUGUGGGUGGAUAAGAUCUUGUAUGCGGCCACCCGCUGCAGCAAGGACUCCCAUGCCAAGCAGCUUGCCCGGGGUGGUGAGCUCACAACCAUCCUGUGGAUUGUGGCCGAGCACGCUGGCCCGUUUCAAAUUGGGGAAACCAGCAUCAGUGAUCCUCCACCAUUUGACGGCGACAACAACAACAACAACAACAACAACAACAACAACAACAACAACAACAACAACAACAACAACAACAACAACAACAACCACGACGACGACGACGAUUGUCCAUGUGAAAAGCUCGGCAAAGAAAAAAAGAAAAAGAA